AUGGCGGCCAACAUGCAUCACAUGGCUGGGGCCGGCCAGAUGAUGCAGCAGCAGCCGAUGAGGAAGCCGACACCCAAUCAGCUCCAGCAAAUAGUUUAUCAGAACUUGGUUCAGCACACACAACCUUUUACUGGAAUAUGCUGGCAGGCGAAUGUAGCAAUCUCUGAUCGUAUGGGAAAAACCAUGAAUUUGAUCACCAAUAUCAAUCUUGCUAUGAACGGUGGUGAUUACAUGAAAGGCGCAGAAUGGGGCUGUAACUUUGAACGCGAAGCCUUUCACAAGUCUCCCACAAAAGAAGCCUACGACCAAGAGAUGGGCCAAAAGAUUUUGGAAUUCUUUAAGCGGCGGCAGGCCAACGAGCCUAACCUCCAAAAUAGCAUAAACGUUAAUGCUCAGGCUCAGGCCCAAGCACAGGCGAUGAUGAGCAUGCAAAUGGGACGCGGCAUGGGCCAAGGUCUGCAACAAGGCUUUCAGCCCAUGCAACACCCAACGCAAGGUGGACAAAUGGGACAAGGACAGCAGCAGCUUCCCAUGGGUGCCGGCAUGAAUAUGGGUAUGGGCAUGGCAAACCAGGCUGGUCGCGGCAUGGGCCCGGGACAACAAAUGGUCGGAAUGCCUGCUGGACAAGGCCGCCCACAGCAAACUCAAAUGCCCCAGGACAUGGCCCGACUUUCACAGCAAGACAAACUCAAAGUUACAGAAUUGGCCACAAAAAUGUUAAAUACUGCCACAGAGCAACAAAAGGCUAACACCCGCUUGCAACUCCAGUCUCGGGUUUCUCCUGCACAACUACAAGAGAUGACGAGUCAAGGUCGCGAUCCUUUGAUGUGGUUUUACCAAAACCAAGCCUUUCAGGUUCUAAAGGCAAACAUGAGCCGAAUUCAGCAGCAGCAGCAGCAGCAGCAAGGACAGCCGCAGCAAGGAAUGGCACAAAAUGGUAACAACAACCAGGCAACCAUGAUGCAGCAGCAAGCAAGCCAGCAGUCUCUCCGUCAACAGCAGUCCCAACUCCAGCAACAGCAACACCAGCAGCAACAGCAGCAACAGCAACAGCAAGGGCAGCAGCAGCACGGAGCGGCCAACAACAAUCAAGGCAAUAACGACUUCUCGUCUUUUCCCUCCAACAUGGAGAGCAUCAAGGCCGAGCAAAUGAAUGGACUUAUGGCUCAGCAAGCAGGGCAGAUGGUAGUCCCUGCCAACACAGCACAGAACCGCAACCCGACACCCCAGCCGGGACAAAACGCAGCGAACCAACAGGGUCCCCGACCGCCACAACAACAGCAGCCUCACCAGAACAUGAACAUCCAGCAGCAGAUGAAGAUCAACCAGGCUCAGCAGACUCAAGCACAACUUCAGGCCCAGCAGAUGAAGCAGAUGCAAAACCAACAAGGGAUGGGAGGAAACAUGCAAACUUCUCAAAGUCCUGGAAUGAACACACUUAAUACACCUGUGUCUCGACCUGGGAACAACAUGAACCAGGCGGCAGGCCAGGGUGGGGUACAAUUUGGAGACCAACGAUUCAAUCAAGGGGCGCAGCGACCAAACAGCCAGGCUUUCCACCAUAUGUUGGCUGCUCUACCACAGGAGCAGCGUGCAAUCGUGAGCGGUCUGUCCCCAGACAAGUUGAACGAGGUGAUGCAGCGUUGGCAGAACAAGCGCCAGGAACAGAUGGGACCCAACGGUGGGCAGAACACUCCGGGGCAAAUGCCCAACCGUCCUCCUGGACAGAUGGGCCAAAUGAACCCCAACAUGGGCGGUCAAGCACCAGUUGGUAUGCAACAGUCACAGGGUGGCGUACCCAUGAAUGGCAACCAGCAACAAGGACCAAUGGCCCGGUUCAACCCCAGUCAGCAAUUGGCCAUGAUGGACUCGAUGGAUCUGCCACCUCAAGUCCUCACCCAGCUCCAGAACCAGAUCCCUCCUGAGAUCAAGAAAUGGGGACCGCUCAAGGUGUGGCUUCAGCAGAAUAACAUCCCCCCACACAUGCGAAACCAAUUGGCGGCGAUCCAGCAGAAGCAGUUCCAACUUAUUAUUCAACGGCGUGCGAUGAUGCCACAACAGCAGCAGCAACAGCCUCAGGGGCAACAACCAGGACAACAGUUCUCCCCUCAGCAGCAAGCCCAGCAGCAGCAACAAAUUGGCCAAAGCACUGCUAACCCAGGCAUGCAGCCUGGGGCCGGACCAGGACCUAAUUCUCUACAGGCCGCCCGACAGCAGUUCCCGGCUCAGAUUCUCCAAGCAGCUCCCCAUGAGAUUCAGCAGGUUAGAGCAUCGAAGCCCCAGUUUGCAACUCUCCCCGAGGAACAAUUGCGCCAGAUGGUCAUCCAAAUGAAGAAGCAGGGUUGGAUCAACCAACACCAGCAACGACUCCAGCAGGCUCAAGUUUCACAACAGGCUCAGCUCCAGGCUACUCGUCAGGGCCAGCAAGGAAUGCAGAACCCGAUGGGCGUGCCUCAAGCCCCGAUGCAACUCCAACAGCCGCCUCAGCCAAACCAGACGCCUCAGACCCAGCCUGUACAAGCAUCAGCAGCAAUGGGACAUAAUGCUACUCCUCAACAGGGAGGUCAGAAACAGCCGACCGUUACUCCCGAGCAGAUGAGAAACGCCAGACCUCAACCUGUCAACAACCGCGCUCAACCUCCUAACCCAUCACCUGCACCCGCAGCCAAGAAUCUCAAGCGCCCAAGCAACGACGAUGCCCUCGAUGUGCCCGAGGCCACAAAGCAAGUACCUGCGAGACCCGCGUCACAGCCCAACCAACAACAGCAGCCUCAAGCCGCCAGGCCGAUGAACCCCCAGGAUCUCUCGUCGCUCACUCCCGACCAACGAGCCCAGCUACUGAAGGUGCAGAUGAGCAGGGCUGGCAUACAACAACCCGGCAAUGAAACCAUGGCACGCCUCAAAGCGCUUGGACAGGAGGAACAACGCAAGUCGAUGCAGGAGGUUAUGAAUGAUAUUCCCAUGUCCCAAGAGGAGCACAACGAGAUGGCUGCCAAGCUCACCAAGAUUGUGGUGGACAUGACCAAGAUUGGUCGUGGCCUGACCAAGUGGUACAACAUCACACGCGACGACACACGCGCGAAAUUAUUCUUCCGAAUGCGAUGGAGGAUUUUGAAACAGUUUGCCGACGGUGACAAGAUGUCUAUUCUCAAGAACUCAUUCUCGAUCGACUCCGCCGAGAUCGCCGAGGCUCGUGUUGUGCUUGAGGGCAUGGCCAAGGAUCUGGCUGCUGAGAUGAUGGCCAGAAACAUGAGCAUGGCUAAACAACACGUCACACCUCCAGUUCAGAACGCACAGCCUGUCCAACCACCACAAGCAGUGCCUCAACCGUCUCAACCUCGUCAGACAGUACCAGUGGUCGAAAAUGCUCGCAGGGGCAGUGCCGCCAAGGGAGGCAACAAGGGAUCACAGGUACCGCCAGCCCCUACGACCACCCAAGCGCCCUACGAGUUUGGCGCAGGUAACCCUACCUAUGUUGGAAAGCCUCCGGUAAUCGACUUGGUUCUGCCUCCGUCACGCAAGAAACCGAGACCCAACGGAACACCUACUCAGGCCGCCACUCCUUCGCCUAAAGCCGGCAAGAAGGCGUCUCCCGAUGCUCGAAGAGUGUCGGAAACCCAAGUUGCUCACAGACCGGUACUCACUUGCAAGGAACCCGAAUGCGAGUUUUCGACAACUGGUUACAGCACUGAGCAAGCUCUUCAGCAGCAUAUCCUUGAGGAACAUACGAAACCACGGGAGGAUCCUCUGAAGUUUGUUCAAGAAAAUUUGGCCCUGGCCUUGGGACUUGAGCCCGAUGGUUCAAAGAAGGCUGAAGCGGCCUCGAUGAGCGUCGCCAACUCCAAGCAAGGGCAGACACCCAUUACCACGGCAGCCACCCCUGUGUUCAAUGAUGGCAACAUGAAGCGAUCGGCUAGCAGCAUGGGCAAGCCUCAAGAUAACAAGGCUGGUGUCAAGGCUGGUGCGACCCCUAAGCAGGUCGAUGUUAAACCGGUUGACCCCAUGACCACUGAUCCAUGGGCCAAUGCCAACAUCGAUCCCGAGAUGCUGGUCAGCAACCUUGGAGUCGAGCGUGGAAAUGGAAUUUAUGAUAACCCAUUCUACGACUACAACGCCCUCAGCUAUUUGACACCCAGGGACACCCCCGAGUCUGCCAAGGACACUGGCAGUAGCGAGCCCAACAGCGAUAUUCCCGACAGCACAAGCCUUGAGGUCAACUUUGAUUGGCACAAUGUGGAUUCCGAUUUAUUACGCAACAUGGGCAACACCAACGGUGGCAAUAUUAACGAUAUGCUGGCUGCGGAUGCUGCAUUGCUGUUUGACCAGCCAUCUCUACAGGAACCAGACUGGGACGACGUCAAGAUGGACUGUUCAAAGCCCUUCCAAUUCGACACUAGCCAACAUUAUUACAUGGCUACUUCAUAA